CAAAAAAAAACCCGACCCCGGCUUCUCUAUCGCGCGCAGUCCUGAGACCCACCUUACCCGCUGGCACAGCCACCCGCGUCACCGAUCCCCUCGCGCCACCCCACCUCCACCUAACUCCGGCCACCUACUGCUGCUGCGCUGCCACGCGAGAUCCCACCGCCGCCCCCGCCGCGCGAGAUCCCGCCGCCCAUGCCGCUGCGCGAGAUCCCUCCGCCGUCGGGCGACAUCUUCCCGCCGCCGCGCGAGACCCGUCCGCCGGCGCCCCACCACCGCGCUCCGCAGGACCGGUUGUCCCCUCCCCUGCCGCUCAGUUCAACUUCCCCGGCCAACGCGGUCCACCACGUCGCCUGGAUUCCAAUCCAACCCGCCGUCCGGCACGGCCAAGUUCCUCCACCCAUCGUGGCUACUACCAGGACCACCACCUGCCCAGUCGUUGUGGCAUGUGGCUGCCUAGCACAUCGACGCCCCCAGACGUAUUUGCAGGUGCAAAAAAGUUAGAUGUAGUGAUAUGUUUGUUCAGUUUCACAGGUACUUCGGUAUUGGGAAAAACUGAGUUUUCUUCUCCAAAAUGCAUCAACACCGUGAAAUGCUAAUUCUUCUUGUGUGCUUCUAUAGAGUCUUGUGUUUCAGUCACCACCAUGACGAACCAGCUCGGCCUAUUUUGCAGAAGCAAGUCACACGAUAGUUUUUAGGAGGAAUGUAUUUCAUAGGUAAUAGGGAAUCAAGGUUCAGAGAGAUUUUUUUUAGCACAUUCAGAGAGCUUUUUCAGUGCACUGCAGCCAAACCCGUUCUGAAGGCCAAACUGCUGAUGUUUGGUUUUGAUUUUAUUUUACAAACAAAGUUGCUAGCAGCAGUAGAUCUUGGGAUUUGGGCACACAAGGAAGAAGACGAAAAGAAAAAUGGUGAGUUGGGAUUGCAUGUUCAUUGCUCAGAAGGAUAAGAUCCUUUUUGGUUUUAGCUAGAGAACUCCUAGUGGGGUAAAAAAAGCAGCUUAAUGGUUUGCUCUGUUUAAUGGUCUGCUUCACAGACUAAAUUCUUCAUUGUUUCUUUUUGUAUGAGCAUCAGACUUGAUUUAAAUGUGAGGCGGUUCGCUGACAGUAAUUUUGCCAGUUCAAUAAUAUAUGUACAAGUUGACCUCCUAGCGAUAUAUAUGCAUAGGAAUUUUGUUUCCGUUUUGUUUCUUGGUGCAUGCGAGAUGUUUUUCAUGUUAUGAACAUAUUGGUUCGCGAGAAGUUCAUGUACGACUACCGAAGGAGUUCAAAAAGCACUCAUCGCGAAGAGAAGAGGUGAGCAGCGCACUGGCCGUUCAACUUUGCCACCUCAGGCCGUGCAACUCCGCCCAUGUGAGCAAAGGGGGGCUAGUUUCUUCUUAACUGUUUAUUCUACACUUGUACGGUGCAUUUUGUCUCAGUUUUUAGGUGAUUUUUUGCUUUACUUACAUUGUGUUCAACAGGGUACAAAAGUUUGCCUACAAACUGUUCUUGUAUGUCUGUAAGAGCUGAUGUUGUGCUACUGCCAUGAGAAAAUGGAGCUUUUUUUGGAGUUGUUUUUCUGUAAGUACAUGUGAAGACUUCAGCAUGUAAGAAUGGAGCUUUUUUCAUAGUGAAAAGUGGUAUUUUUGGUGUA